GUAGUCCAGUGGUGAUGGUGUAACAGUGAGGUAAUUACGGUUAUUGUUGGAUAGGCUACAGUCAUUUCAUUUAAAGGGUCCCACUGAGGGUGUAAUGUUUAAGUGAAUCUGUGUAGAUGGUGGGCAUUAAACGCUCCGGCCCCCCGGACCCCCGCACUGUCUGAGGAUAUCGCUUAGUCACCGCCGCUCGCCGAGAGAAGCAGCGCCUCCCUGCGUACGCACGGAUUGGUUGGCGGUCUCGACGGGCUUGCCUUCUCCACAGACCGUCUUCAGUCCAGGGCGGGGCUGACUCUCCACCAAACUGAAUUAGGCUACAACCGGAGGAAGAAAACUUACCCCGGCCGGGUCGAUCCAUGGAGCAGUGUGGGAACGCUGUGUCCGUAGGUGGGAAGCAGAGAAGCGGACGGCAGCCACGUUUCGGCUACAUCUCCCUGGGCUGUCUCGGCUGCAGUUGUGCUCAAGAGUAACCAGGAUCUAAUACUACGGCGCCGGGAUUGGCUUAAAAAAAAAGAAAAAAGAAAAAAAAACAUCUGCGGGGUGGGAAAAAAAGACGCACGUUUGUUGCCGCUGUCAGGAUGAUGUGACACUCGUUUGACGUCGGGGAAAACAUCUGUGAAACCGGAUUUUUAUUCGCAGCUGGAGAUCAACUGAGCUGGUGGUUAUAAGGCUGGCAGGCCUGGGGUGGGGCAGAGAACAUGGCUGAAACACGGCGGGAAAGCACCAGCAGCCUGCAAAGGAAGAAACCUCCUUGGCUCCGGCUGGACAUUCCCACGGCUCAGAUGUCGCUAGACGAGCCUCCCACGUUCGUCCAGCCGGUGAAGAGGCAGGGGUUCUUGCGUAGCAUCAGCAUGCCAGUGGAGACAUCUCACCUCCAGUCUCCACCCCGUGACCUGUUUGACACCCGGCGGCCCGUCUUACAACGCCAGUCGUCCAUCACUCAGACCAUUAAGAGCAGCAGGAGGGUUCACUUUGAGCGGAUUAACACGGUGCCCAUUAAAGGGCAGAGGGCUGCGCGCCGCAGCAUCAGGAAACACCACUCGCUCUCCAGAACUCUGCUCAGGGGGACAGCGGACUGGUUUGGGGUCAGCAAGGACGGCGACGCCACGCAGAAAUGGCAGAGGAAAAGUCUGCGCCACUGCAGCCUGCGCUACGGAAAGCUGAAACCGCAGGUGAUCCGGGAGAUGGAUCUGCCCAGCCAGGACAACAUCUCCUUAACCAGCACUGAGACGCCCCCUCCUCUCUAUGUCCCCUCCUCUCAGCAUGGCAUGCAAAAGAUUGUGGACCCUCUGGCGCGAGGACGAGCCUUCCGAAUGGUGGAGGAGGUGGACGGCUACAGCGUGCCUCAGACCCCCAUCACCCCCGGAGCUGCCUCACUAUGUUCCUUCACCAGCUCCCGCUCAGGUCUCAACCGAAUGCCUCGCCGACGCAAAAGGGAGUCUGUGGCAAAGAUGAGCUUCAGGGCCGCGGCGGCACUGGUCAAGGGCCGCUCAAUACGGGAGAGCACUCUAAGACGUGCCCAAAGAAGAAGCUUCACCCCUGCCAGCUUCAUGGAGGAGGACGUGGUUGACUUUCCUGAUGAACUGGACACAUCCUUUUUUGCCAGAGAUAUUCUGAUGCACGAGGAGUUGUCCACGUACGCAGACGAGGUGUUCGAGUCGCCGUCUGAGGCAGCCAUCAAAGAGGCAGAGCCCAGCAGCAAGAAGGAUGAGACCGAGUUGACAGGCAGCGCCCUAGAUAAGACGGAGCUGGAGAGAAGUCAUCUCAUGCUACCUCUGGAGCGAGGGUGGCGUAAAGCCAAAGAAGGAACUCCAGGACCACCGAAGGUCCCCUUGCGGCAGGAGGUGGUGAGCGUUAACGGACAGCGGCGUGGGCAGCGCAUCGUUGUGCCUGUCAAGAAGCUUUUCGCUCGAGAGAAGAGGCCGUACGGGCUGGGCAUAGUGGGGAAGCUCACAAACCGCACCUACCGCAAGCGCAUUGACAGCUACGUCAAGAGGCAGAUAGAGGAUAUGGACGACCACAGACCUUUUUUUACGUACUGGAUCACCUUUGUCCAUUUGCUCAUCACCAUCCUGGCUGUAUGCAUUUACGGUAUCGCUCCGGUGGGCUUCUCCCAGCACGAGACGGUUGAUUCUGUUUUAAGAAACAAAGGUGUGUAUGAAAAUGUCAAGUUUGUACAGCAGGAGAACUUUUGGAUCGGGCCUAGUUCGGAAGCCCUGAUCCACUUGGGGGCCAAAUAUUCUCCAUGCAUGCGGCAAGACAAGCAGGUGCAUGAUCUUAUCAGGGAAAAGAGAGCCAUCGAACGCAACUCUGCCUGCUGCGUGCGGAACGAUCGCUCUGGCUGUGUCCAAACCUCAGAGGAGGAAUGCUCGAGUACUUUAGCUGUGUGGGUGAAGUGGCCGAGUCAUUCCAGCACUCCCCAGCUAAAUGGCAAAGACAGACAGCACGGCUCGGUGUGUCAUCAGGAUCCCAGGAUAUGUUUAGAGCCUGCCUCAGUGUCGCCUCACGAAUGGCCUGACGACAUCACCAAGUGGCCAAUUUGUACCAGGUACAACACAGGGAACCAUACCAACCUGCCUCACAUAGACUGUACCAUCACCGGCCGACCCUGCUGCAUCGGAACCAAAGGGAGGUGUGAAAUUACAUCCCGCGAAUACUGCGACUUCAUGAAGGGCUACUUUCACGAGGAGGCUACUCUCUGCUCUCAAGUGCACUGCAUGGAUGAUGUAUGCGGACUGCUGCCUUUCCUCAACCCUGAGAUCCCAGAUCAGUUUUACAGGCUCUGGCUCUCGCUUUUCCUGCACGCUGGGAUCCUUCACUGCCUGGUGUCGGUGGCUUUCCAGAUGACCAUCCUGAGGGACCUGGAGAAGCUGGCGGGCUGGCUGCGCAUCUCAAUCAUUUACAUCCUCAGCGGCAUCACCGGCAACUUAGCCUCGGCCAUCUUCCUGCCCUACAGAGCGGAGGUGGGUCCAGCGGGCUCUCAGUUCGGCAUCCUGGCCUGCCUGUUCGUGGAGCUGUUUCAGAGCUGGCAGAUCCUGGCCCAGCCCUGGAGGGCUUUCACCAAGCUCCUGUGCGUGGUGCUCUUCCUCUUUGCCUUCGGGCUGCUGCCCUGGAUCGACAACUUCGCCCACAUAUGCGGCUUCAUCUCCGGCUUCUUCCUGUCCUUCGCCUUCCUCCCCUACAUCAGCUUCGGCCGCAUGGACCUCUACCGCAAGCGCUGUCAGAUUAUCGUCUUCCUGCUGGUGUUUGUCGGGCUCUUUUCAGGCCUCGUGGUGCUCUUCUACGUCUACCCGAUCAAGUGUGAAUGGUGCGAGUUGCUCACGUGCAUCCCCUUCACAGACAAGUUCUGCGAGAAGUACGACCUCAACGCUCACCUUCACUGAAGUGCGGACACAGCAGGGAGGAAUCAGGUCAAGGGAUGUAGACUGGCCCUUCUCUGUGAACUAAGAUGAUGUGCUUGUGUUGUUUUUACUCUGUCAAUACGAAUACCUAUACCACUCAUGAAAAGGACUCCCUUCAGUCACCUCCCUGUUCAUCGGCCACUGUCCUUCACUGUCCAGUAAGACAAAAGUAUGGCACCUCCGAAACCCGUCGCCCGCCCCAGCUGCCCGUUACAUGUGAGGCAGGAAUAAGUGAAGCCAACACUGGUACAGAGAGAAGGGUUCUUGUUUCUUUUUAAUGUUCACACUCCAGACAUAGAGUUUAUUAUCCAGGCAACCUCAUACAGAAGCAGGGACAAUAAUCCAAUAUUGAUACCUUUGGUGCCUUGUUGAUAAAUGUACCAACUACUGCCAUAUUUUUGUUACAUUAAGCUGAGCACUCGAAUGUUUCCUUUUAUUUGUUUAUUGCUUCUCGAGAAGUGAUUAUUGUUCUGAAUUGCGGUAGUGUUUUAGCUACCUGUCUACUCACGUGUAACUGAAAAAAAAAAAAAA